UAUUGAUGAUGAUGAUAAUAUUUGAAUUGUAAAAUAAAAAAACAAACAAAAUUAUUAUUGUGAUAUUCUAAGAAAAACGCAAUUAAAUUCUUAAAAAACACAGUACAAAUUCAAAGUUCAUUUACUUUUUGAAUUCAUCAAACAAACAAACAAACCUUGUAUGUUGCAAUAGACGUUUGUGUUGUUUUAGUUCAAAAAACAAAACAAACAAUAACAAAAUUGAUUCAUUUUGAAUUGAAAAUCAUCAUCAUUAUUAUCAUCUUUGAAAUUAUUAACAAUGAUUACAACAAUGUCAAAUGGUAAACGUAUGAAUAAUAAUGGUUAUAAUGGUCGUCGUAGACAUUCACGUGAUGAUAAUGAUCGUUUGAUUGCACAAAAACAAAAAGAACGAAUAUUUUUUCAUAAUUUUUUACAUAAACGUUGUAAAUUAUGUAGUACAAAAUUAAUGCCCGGUUAUUGUCAUAAUUGUUGUUCACCGAUGUGUCAACAUUUUUUCCACAACAAAAAUGAAUGGAAAAAAUUUCAAAAAAAUUCACCAACAACAACAACAGCAAAUUAUCAACAACAACGAGAUAAUCAUUCGAAUCUAUCAACAACAACAACAACAACAUCGAUUGUUAUAAGUGAAAUGAACGAUAGUUUAUCGAAUUCAUCGGUUGUCCAUCACCGUGGAGGAGUUGGAGUGGUAGGAGGAGGAGGAAGAAGAAACCCCAUUUCUUCAUCGUCAUCAUUCGUUAAUCGACAGCAGCCAAAUUCGAAUGAACUUUCGCCAUCAUUACCAUUGCCAAUUGUUAAUCAACAAAAUAUCAUGUCGGUUGUACCAUCGGCACCAAGUAUUGGUCAUGAUUUGUUUAAUAAUGAAAAUGAAGCUGAUAUUGUAUUUUUGGUUGGUCCGGAUAAAAAUAAAUUAUGGCGAUUUCCUGCACAUAGUUCUUUCUUGAAAAAUGUUAGCCAAUAUUUUGCAACAAUUACAAAUGAUCCAAAUAAUAAUAAUAAUAAAGAGAUUAAAAUUGAUUGGUGUGAUCCGGAAAUUUUCGAAAUCAUUCUCAAAUACGCUUAUCUUGAACAAUUAACAUUGAAUUCAGUGGAAAAAACAUUGAAAAUAUUCGAAACAUCAAAUCGUUUUCAAUUAUUUUCAUUAUCAAAACAUUGUCUUACAUUCCUAUUUGAUCAGUGCAAUAAUGAAAAUGUUAUUAAACAAUUAUCAUUUUUUAAACAUUAUUUUCAAAUAUUACCAUUGGAAAAAUAUUCACCAACACAUCAUAUGAUUUCGAAAGAAUUACUUGAACCUAUUAUGCAACUUCUUCGCCAUUGUUUCAAUGUAAUCGAUAUGAAUUGUAAUAAAAUUCUGGAUUCAGAUGAAUUUCUAUUGCUUUCAAAUCAAGAAUUGAUUGUAUCGAUUCUUUCAAGAGAUACAUUAAAUAUUGAUUCUGAAUUGGAUAUUUAUAAUGCACUUUGUCGUUGGUCAAAUCAUCAAUGUAAACAACAACGAUUAGAAUUGACUGCCGAAAAUAAACGAAAAGUAUUGGGUGAUUUAAUUUAUCUUCCUCGUUAUUUGAUUAUGAAACGAAAUGAAUUUAUUGAUGGCCCAUAUAAAGAUGAAAUAUUGAAACGUGAUGAAAAAGAAAUCCUGCUGAAAAUAUUGAAUAAUGAUGAUAAUAUUGAACUACCAGAUGCAAUGAAACCGUACAAAAUGCGAAUAGCACGACAUUACGACAAUACAAACAAUGAUUGUGAUAAUAAUAAUGAUAAUAAUGAUGAUCAAACUACUAAUAUACAGCCAAAAUUGACCAAAUCAUUAAGCUAUGAAAAAGGUUUUAAUGAAAAAAAGAAACGUUCAGUACAGAAAAGAUUUGUAAAAGGUUUUGUUAAUGUUAUGGUUUUAAUUAUUAGAGUUUUGGAUUGAUGUAAAAAGAAAACUAUUGUAAACGCAUUUAACCAAACACACAGAAAACAAGAAAACAACAUUCGUUUUUAUUUUAUUUUAUUUUAGAAAAAAUUGUUUUUGAUUUGAUUCGAUGACCAAAUACGCAUUUACUCUUCUUUGUCGAAUGUUUUUUUUUAUUAUUAUUAUCAAAAUACCAAUAUUUUUAUCAGGAAAUUGUUGUUUUUCUUUCCUUGUGUAUUAAUUAUAAUUAUAAUAUU